UGUGGAUGUGUGGUGAGAAGAAUUCAAAAUUUCCUUCCGUUAUGUCGUGAAAAUUUUUGUAGGAAACUGAUUGGAGCUAGGUACUUCAAUAAAGGUUAUGCUGCAUAUGGAGGCGACGUUAAUUCUACGAAGAAAUCUGCACGUGACUACGAUGGACAUGGCACUCAUACACUAUCAACUGCUGCUGGAAACUUCGUCCCAGGAGCAAAUAUAUUCGGUUUGGGAAAUGGAACAGCAAAAGGCGGUUCACCAAAAGCUCGAGUAGCUGCUUACAAAGUAUGCUGGACUCCAAUCCAUGGCUCAGAAUGCUUUGAUUCUGAUAUAAUGAAAGCCUAUGAUAUGGCAAUGCACGAUGGGGUAAACGUGCUUUCAGUCUCUCUCGGUGGAGAAGCUGUAGAUUACUUCGAAGAUGGCAUAGCCAUUGCGUCAUUUCAUGCUAUAAAGAAGGGAAUAGUAGUCGUAGCCUCUGCUGGAAAUGCCGGACCAACUCCUGGAUCUGUGUCAAAUAUUGCACCAUGGAUUUUAACUGUUGGAGCAAGCACCACUGAUCGCAAGUUCCAAGCUAACGUUAAGCUGCGUAAAGGAAUGAUCCUAGAGGGGACGAGCAUCUCCAAAUCAUUGCCGAAAAAUAAAUAUUAUCCACUUAUUAGUGCUGAUAAAGCUAAAGCUGCAAAUGCAUCUGCUCGUGACGCGAUACUCUGCCAGGAAGGAACAUUAGACCCCAAGAAGGUGAAGGGUAAGAUACUGGUCUGUCUUCGGGGGGAAAUUGCACGAGUCAGCAAAGGUGAACAAGCUUUACUAGCUGGUGCUGUGGGGAUGAUUCUUUGUAACGACGAGGCAAGUGGUAAUGAACUUAUGGCUGAUCCUCAUGUUCUUCCGGCUACACAAAUCAAUUAUACGGAUGGCGUUGCUGUUUUUGCCUACGUCAAGUGGACCAAGCAUCCACAAGGGCUAAUUAUAGCUCCAAAGGUAGUAUUUAACAAAAAGCCUGCUCCAUUUAUGGCCUCAUUCUCUUCCAGAGGGCCUAAUGCCAUUUCUCCAGAAAUUCUUAAGCCAGAUAUUACGGCACCAGGAGUGAAUAUCAUUGCUGCAUACUCCGAAGGAGUUAGCCCUACAGGAGAAGAACUUGAUAAACGCAUAACUCCCUUUAGUAUAGAAUCUGGGACCUCAAUGUCGUGCCCUCAUGUUGCCGGGGUAGUAGGCUUACUUAAGUCGCUCUAC